CUGAAGUAUGUCAGAGUGUUCGUCAAAGUGGUGUUCGUCUCUGUCUCUACGGCUGUGUCUGUGUUGAAUCAGUGGUUGAGUGGACGGACUGGAACAGUCUAACGGCAAUAUUCAAAAUUUCUACACUUAACUGCGCAGCAGUGCUAGUUUUAUUAAUUUGUACGCGUUUUCACGAUCCUAUCCAAGAUGCCACGGAUUAUGAUCAAAGGCGGUGUUUGGAGAAACACCGAGGAUGAAAUCCUUAAAGCAGCAGUGAUGAAAUAUGGCAAAAACCAGUGGUCACGAAUAGCAUCAUUACUUCAUCGCAAGUCUGCAAAGCAGUGCAAAGCUCGUUGGUAUGAGUGGCUGGACCCAAGCAUCAAGAAAACAGAAUGGACACGGGAAGAGGAGGAGAAACUGCUUCACCUGGCAAAGCUGAUGCCCACUCAGUGGCGAACCAUUGCACCGAUCAUCGGCCGAACUGCUGCACAAUGCCUGGAGCACUACGAGUACCUUCUAGAUCAAGCUCAGAAGAAAGAAGAAGAAGGGGAAAUUCUUGAUGACCCACGGAAGUUAAAGCCAGGCGAGAUUGAUCCCAACCCGGAGACAAAGCCUGCCCGUCCCGAUCCAAAGGACAUGGACGAAGAUGAGCUGGAGAUGCUGUCUGAGGCCAGAGCCCGACUGGCCAACACCCAGGGCAAGAAGGCCAAGCGCAAGGCCCGCGAGAAGCAGCUGGAAGAAGCGAGGCGCCUGGCAGCCCUGCAGAAGCGGCGGGAGCUUCGCAUGGCUGGCAUCACGCUGCCCCCGCGACGACGCAAACGCCAUGCCAUCGACUACAACAAGGAGAUCCCAUUUGAGAAGCGCCCUGCCCCCGGGCUCCACGACACCUCCGAGGAAGUGUACGACCCAGCUGAGACCGACUUCCGGCGCUUGCGGCAGCAGCACCUCGAUGGGGAACUGCGCAGCGAGAAGGAAGAGCGCGAGCGCCGCAAGGACAAGCAGAAGCUGAAGCAGCGCAAGGAAAACGACCUGCCCCCAUCACUUUUGUCGGCGGAACCUGUGCGCAAGCGCAGCAAGCUCGUGCUGCCAGAGCCGCAGAUCUCGGAGCAGGAACUCGAGCAAGUGGUGAAGCUGGGCCGCGCUAGUGAGACUGCUCGUGAGGCCGCCCAGGAGGCAGGCCAUCAGGCUUCGGACACUCUGCUGGCCGACUACAGCCUCACGCCUGGUGCAGCUGCCGCCGCUGGGGCACUGCGGACACCCAGGGCACCUGCUCUCAGCCGUGACACCAUACUGCAGGAGGCGCAGAACAUCAUGGCCCUGACCAAUGUGGACACUCCUCUAAAAGGUGGCCUCAACACGCCCCUGCACGAGACUGAGCUUAGUGGAGCAGCAACACCCAAGAAGGGGAGUGCAGCACUGACGCCAAACAGCCUCAUUGUCACACCGUUUCGGACGCCUAGCAGUGGAGCCACAGAGGGAAUGACGCCACGAGGUGCCAGGACACCGGGAACCGCAACUGUUUCCACGUCACAGACCAGCGCAACACCUCUGAGAGACAAGCUGAACAUCAACCCAGAAGAUCACCUUGAUUUUGACUCCAGUCAGUCAGCAAAGCACUUCCAGAAACAGACAAAGCAGCAGCUGCUGAAAGCGCUGUCAUCGUUGCCAACUCCAAAGAAUGACUACGAAAUAGUGGUGCCCGAGGAGGACCCCAGUGCCCAGGAGCCUUCUGCCCCAGACACAUUUGUCGAGGACCAGGCAGACAGGGAUGCUGCGAAGGAGCAGCAAAGGCUGGAAAAGUUGGAAGCAGAGCGGAAGCUGCAGUCUCAGGCGGUGCAGCGCAGCCUUCCUCGGCCCCUGGACGUAAAUGCGUCGGUGCUCCGGCCUGCCCACACGGAGCCUCCGCUCACGGACCUGCAGAAGGCGGAGGAGCUCAUUAAGCAGGAGAUGCUGGUGAUGCAGCACUACGAUGCCUUGCACAAUCCAACUGAGGCCCAGCAGUCUGGCCGCAAAGGAAGCGCUAAUGUCGCAGAUGAGGCCGCACAUCUGGCCUACCUUGAACGCCAUCCCUACAACAAGUACAACCAAGAGGAGCUUGCUGCGGCUCACGAGGUCCUUCAGGCUGAGAUGGACGUGGUGAAGAAGGGCAUGGGCCACGGGGAUCUCAGCUUAGAGGCCUACUGCCAGGUGUGGGACGAGUGCCUCGCUCAAGUGUUAUUCCUGCCUGCCCAAAACCGAUACACACGUGCCAACCUUGCCUCCAAAAAGGACCGCAUUGAGUCACUGGACAAACGCUUAGAGCAAAACCGAGGUCACAUGACAAGAGAAGCCAAGAAAGCAGCCAAAGUUGAAAAGAAGCUUCGAGUGCUGCUGGGAGGCUAUCAGUCACGAGGACAGGCUUUGAUAAAACAGAUCCAGGAACUUGCUGAGCAGAUUGAGCAGACCCACUUGGAAUUGAAGACUUUCCGAGCUCUUCAGGAGCACGAAUCAUUGGCCAUCCCAAAAAGGGUUGAGGCUUUGACUGAAGAUGUAAACCGUCAAGUGGAGAGAGAAAAGGCACUGCAGAAGCGCUAUGAUGACCUGCUUCAACAGAAGGAACUCAUUGAAGAAGCCCUGCUGGACAUCAGAGCAUAGAGCUCUCAGAAGAGUCAGGCAUACAUCUGUCUUGGCCACUGCAUCACCAUUGUUACAACUAACCAACUUUAGUUGUAGUUUGCAGGCCUCUUGUGUGAGAUAAAGGUGCUUAAUAAACAUGUUAGAAUGUUAGUGUUCAUGCAUGUAAACACAUUCAUUUAACAGAACAGAAUCACGUACAAUUUUUAUCCAACUUCUACAUAUUUGCAUCAUUCACGCGUAUUUCUAACAGGCACAAAAAUAUUGUAGAUAAUUCAUCACUGUCAUUAAAUUUGUCAAUAAAAUUUCAUACAUUUUAUUCACACUGAGAGCACACUGAACCGUUAUUGUGUCACAGUUGUGCAAGGGUUCCACAGCCAAGUGUCUCGGUUGUUAUCAACAGACUGGCUACACCUAGGUUCUAAGGCCUGUUUCACGGCUGUGGUCGCAGCGGCAGCGCUGCACGCAAACGCAGCUUCGUUUUGGCUCAACGCGUGCUGCUGUGAUACACAGAGUUGCUUGCUGAUAGCGCCCGUGAGCCGCGGGUUUCAGAGGUCUUCAAGAGCUGCGCCUUGCUGCACCUUUCCAUGUUUUCGCUCGCGUGAGCUGCGUGUUUGAUGGGUGUAUUUAGUUGACGCUCCACUUUCGUGCUUGUAAACCUUGCAAAAAAUAAAAACGCUGUGUAUUGAA